AUGUUUGGUGAUCUAAGCAGCAAGUUUGGGUCUCUCUCUACUCACGUUCAAAAGCUUGAGGUGCAAAUCGCUCAAACAGCCGAGGCGGCCAAGAAACAAAAUGAGGUAAACACUCAAAAAUUUUGUAGUGUUGUCUCAUCUAUAGAUGGCACUAUUGUUCCUACACUAUCUCAAGGGGAAGAAGAAGAAAAUGAGCCUAAGGAGAGGCACAAACCGGAGAGAUACAGUUGGGAAUCAAGAAGAGCUUACAAGAGAAGACUUGAAGGCAAGCCACUACAAAAACAAGAAGAUCCGGGGAAGUUUGUGAUAACUUCAAGUAUCAAUGGCAUUCAACUCCACGAUUGCCUAUGUGAUACUGGUGCUAAUGUUAAUCUAAUGUCUCUUGCACUUGCAAAAGAUUUGGGAUUCAAGGAAUUCAAGAGCCCCAAGAUAAGAGUCGAGUUCGCGGACCUAUCGUGCAUGGAACCUUAUGGAAUGCUUGAAGAUGUCAUGAUGGAAAUAGGGGGUCGAUCGGUCCCAACUGACUUUCAAGUCAUGAUUUGGGAAGGCUCAAAGAGGAAUCAACUGAUUCUUGGAACCCCAUUCCUUGCUACAGCUGGAGCGUGCCAAGUGCGACCAAGCUACCACCAGAAGAAGCCACUCUCAUUACCAAGAAAGAAGGAUAUGCUGCAUGGAGAAAGAAGAGAGAGUGAGCGCUACCCAAAACCAAAGGAGAAGAAGAAAACAUUGGAGCCGAGGCAUGAAAAUGUCUUUAAGGACAUCAACUCCAUCUUACUUCCAACCUUUGAUGAAUAUGGAGCUGAAGAGGAGACUAAUGGUGCACCUAAUCUCUUUCACAAGAUAAGAAUCUUUACACCAAAAGAUUCGGAGCUUAAAGGUGACCAAUCCAUUGAAGAGAAGCUUGAGAGAACUAUGAAGCUUUUCCCCAAGGCAUUGGUUUUCAAAGAUGAUGUGAGAGAUGACUAUGGCGCGACAACACCACCACAAGAAUCCACUACACCGGAGAAUGGAGAAGCUAAAGGGAUCCUUUGCCCUUCAGCCACUCUUCACCACGAUUGA